AUAUUAAAAAGGAAAACGAAAAAAAAAAAUCAGCUCUUAGAUUGGGUAAUGUGUAAACAAAGUCAUUUCAACAUACUCCUACUCGUCUAAAACAGCAAAAUUGUGAUUGAAAUUUGAUUCAACUUAGAAUUUUGGUUGAAAAUUUAUAGAACCACUGAUUCUUCAAUGCAGCAUUUAGGUUCAGCAUCUAGAUUUCAAUUUCCCAAGAACAUUCAACUCUCGCUCCGUUGGGGUUUCUGAACUCAACUGACUUGAAGCCUGCUCAGUUGUUGCAGAAAUGGCGUGGAAUCUGAUCUUUUGGUUCAUCUCUUUCUGUUUUAACAUCGCCCUCCUCGUCCUCAACUUUUAUCAGCUUUUGGUAUUAACGGAUUUGGAGGCAGACUAUUUGAACAUCUAUGAUUCAUCAUCUCGCAUUAAUAAACUUGUCCUUCCGGAGUUUUUAGUGCAAGGAGUAUUUUGCUCUCUUUUCCUCUUCACAGGCCAUUGGUUCAUGUUUCUUAUAACAGUCCCUGUUACCUGCUAUCACAUAAAUUUAUUCUUGAAGAGGGAGCACCUUAUUGAUGUCACCGAGGUGUUUAGAGCUCUUAAGCGUGAGAAGUAUUUCCGUUUGGCCAAGCUUAUCUUCUACUUGCUUCUUUUCCUCAUAGUAAUUUUCAGGCUUACUUUGUCUGCAUUCAACUCUUUAUCUGACGAAGACGAUGUCCUACAUUUAUUUUGAUUGCCAUUUUGAUAUCCGAAGUUUGUAUUACGGGUUCUAUGGUGCGUCAGAUUGAUAUUUAUGUGGGAAUUAAACGAAGGAAUGAAUUUGGACUCGGCAACUUCAAGCACAUUCAAUGGGUUUUCUCAAUUCCCAUUCUUUAGUUUGGUAGGCUUCAGUAGCAAUCUCAUUGACUUACACCUAAGGAAUCCUUGUAUGUAGAGGAUAGCAUUGUAGGCAUAUUAUAUGAUUUGAUUUGUUUUGGUACCUUUCUUAACUCACUGCUAAGUCUGAGGGAUCUUCAAGAUUAGGGUUAUUUUUAUCAUUUUUGGAAUAUCAACUCGUUUCAAGUUUUAGUGUUCUUGUAAGGAUUGAAAUGCUUUUGAUCGUUCAAUGCCUAACAAAUGUAUCAA